GAAUCUGGCAACACUAGUGAUUGUCAAUCCGCCAUAUUGAAGCUUGUAUGUAAAUAUUUUUAAGUGGCUUUUUCAUCAUUUCCUCCACAUUUUUUAAAUUUUAACCUUUUCCUGCUCAUUUUAAUCUCUAAAUUGUGCAAAAAUGAAUGAAUCUAGUGUGUGUCGCCUGUGCCUGUUUAACAAUAAUGCCGUUCUGAAUUUGUUUGAGACAAAAAUACAAGAAAAUCAAGUUCUUCAGAAGAUCCUGAAAUAUUUGGGAUUCGAGAUAAAGCCCGAUGACAACCUCCCAAAGGAUAUAUGCUUGUCGUGCUUUGAGAAAAUUGAGGCUUUUCACAAGUUUUACGAAGAGGUGACCCAGAAUCAAUCAAUGCUGGCCUAUGCUCAGACACAGAACAGCCCAGUCAUAAUAACAUCAGCAUCGCAAGAACAACAUCACAAAACGAUUGCCAUGACGCAUCAACUUCAGGAAUUCAUAAAGCUGGAGGAUAUCAAUGCCGGUCAAAUUGAUUUGCAGAGCCUCAACAAUGCUAUAUCCAGCAAUGGAUCUAUUCCCACCACAAUAGCCGUUAUCAGUUCUGUGACAUUCAACAAUGGCACAGCCACAACAAACUACACAAUUCAGCAAGUACCACAAACACUACCUGCCACCUUCCCAGUCAUCGCAGACCCAUCAGAAGCUGCUGAAUCUUCAGCAAAAACACAAGAUGAGGCCUUUCCGGAAGACCAAGUGCAAUCCGGCAAGAAAUCUUUAGAAGCACCUGAAGAACCCAAGGCAACCACUCAAAAUCGCCUCCGGAAGAAGAAGGUGAGAGAAAAGCCGGAAAGCUGUGUAGAAGAAGCCCUAGAAAACUGCUUAAAAGCGGAAGAACUUGAUACUGAAUCUUGCGAUAAACUCGAAGAGCUCCCCUUGGACACGAAGGAAGACGAAGAGUCCAGCCACUUAGAAAAUAUUGAAUUUCCCAAUUUCCCCAAGAAAAUCAUUCAGGACACGAAGCUUCUGAUCAGAGGAAAAGCUCUAAUCUCACUCAUGUCCAAGUUCUACAGGUUAGAAUGUGACUUGUGCGCAGAAGGAUCAAAAAGUGGGAAGAAAGGUUUUAAAAAAUUACCCGUACUCUGCAAUCACUACACAGAGGCUCACAACAUCAAAGGCUACGUUAUUUGCUGUGGAGUGAAAUUGAUAAAGCCCAGGGCGAUGGCAAUGCACAUGGCCAGGCACCUUCAGCCAGAAGCUUUUAGAUGUCCAGAAUGCCACAAAAUGAUGACCUGCCCAAAAAUCCUGCAGUAUCACAUUCAGAAUCAUUUGCCGGAGGAAAAGAGGCCACUGGCCUGCCCAGACUGCCCUAGAAGAUUUAGCUACAGCAGUGCCCUUGUUGCCCAUUCAAUAUCCCACCAACCCGAAAGUGAAAGAGCUGCUCAUGUUUGUGAUGAAUGUGGCAAAACAUUCUCAUCACCCGGAAGGCUUUCUACUCACAUCAAUGUGGCUCACACGAAACAGGGAAUUAGUUUCGUCUGCCACGUCUGUGCUAAGCAAUUUGCCUGCAAAGGAAAUCUCACAUAUCACUUAACUACUCAUCAGCCGAGAGUUCAUCAGGUGCAGUGCCAGCAGUGCGGGAAAUGGCUGAAGAAUAAGUUGUGUUUGCGGAAACACAUGGUCCAGCACUCCAUGGUGCGCUUCAAUUGCGAUUUAUGUGAAUAUUCUGCCCUGAAUCGUCAGUGCCUGAGGAAUCAUGUGAGGGUUCAGCAUACGGAUCUCAAGCCCUUCUGCUGUUCGAUAUGUGGCAGGACGUUUAAGCUCAAGAAUACCCUCCUAAAUCACAUGGUUCAGCAUACGGGACUCAAGAAAUUCUCCUGCCAAUUCUGCAGUCGGACUUUUGCAUCUUCCGGAAAUUACUACAGUCACCGGAAGAGGAUGCACCCGACAGAACUUGCGGAUUUCAAUAGGAAGCGAGAAGAGGAAGAAAAUAUUUUAAGGGCAAAAGCUCUGGCAGGAAAGCUUUCAACAUAAUCCCUGUGUUCAAUUUUUUUUUGUAUCUCUACAACUCAUUCCGUCUCCUUUUAAUCACCGGCAGCAUUGCACCUUUUUAUGUUUUUCGGCAAACUUUUUUUUUUAAAGAUUUUAUGGCAAGAAAUAAAAUCCCAAAUGAGAGGA